AUGGCGUCGUUCCAGGGCAUAGCGUGGCUGCUGCAAGAGCCCAAGACGACCUUCUACUCGCCGCGCUACAACCAAGAGCCCCUUUCAGUUCGCAGACAAGUGCUCCCGUUUUGGAUGCAACCCCAAAUCGUGCUGCAGUUGGGUCAAACCGAGUACAUAGUACUCAAUUCCAGACCGGCGGACGCAACCAAGCGUAGCGGAGACGCCAAAGAGACCAAGAAGCUAAUUGAGCUGACGGUGCGGCCGCUGGAUGAUGUGAGACGCGCCCAAUUGUAUCAGACUGCGGCCAGAACCCAAGUGCUGGAAGUGUUUGUGGAGGUGGAACCAACUCGCGAGCGACUAUUGCGCUGUUUAAGAGGUGAGGAGGUUGUGGAUCCAGGGAAGAAACUCCUAGAUGACGCCUUUGCGGCGUUGGAGAAGGCACAGCAAAGUAGAGACAAGAAGACAUCCAUUGAGCUGUAUAAGGAGGCGGAGAGAGGCUUCUGGGAGGCUGAAAAGCUGCUGACAGAUGAAAGAUCGAGAGAGUUUUUGAGAGACAGAAGAGCAGAUUUACAGCGCACAAUUAGGGAGCUAGAAAGGGAGAUGGAGAGGGCUCUUGAGACGCAGAGUGUGCUUCCUCCUCCUGCUGUUGGUUCCCCGCCAAUGGUAGAAGUGGUGACAGCACCGCCACCUAUGGAUAUCAGUGCGAGGUUGGAGGAGCUACGUCGGUUUGCAGCGCAGCAGGAUAACACGAAGACGCAGGCUCAGCAUGAAAAUCGAAUAGAUCUCGCAGCACGAUUGGCGGCAUUGAAGAAUGAGAAGGCGAGGCCUGCUCUGCCAAUAGGUGAUUUAACAGAAAGACUGCGGAAGCUAAGGGGUGAUAAUGGAUCGGCUGAAGCUGCAAGUGCAGCUGGAGAAGGUAGUUUGAACGGGAAAAGUGCGGUCGAUUGCAUCAUUGAACAGGUGACGGAUGAGAUCGCACUUGGAAUCGGAGACGAAGAAAUUGAGAGUGAGGGUUUGGAGGAGAGCGACAGUGACAGCAAGAGCAGUAGCUCGAGCUCUAGCAGCUCUCGGACAGACUACAGUAAACGACGUCAAGAAAAGAAAUGA